ACCACUCGCCUAUACGAGAACUAUGAGACAAGAAACCUGCGUCAGGACUGCCGAGGCAGAAACCUGAGCGAGCAAACGCCCGUCGGCGAAGAUGGUGUCAGGGGAAGUGAACAGCAGCACAGAUAGCGCUAGAGAGCCAGCCCAGGCGAGCACCAGAGUCGGCAUGCCCACUCUCACGCGCGACGUCCGCAGCUUCAAGUUGCCACCAACCCCGGCCGAACACAACGAAGGCACAGCCGCAAGCUCCUGUGGUGUGGUCACUGGCUCGCUGUCUCGCACGGGCACAGCCGCAAGCGACGUGCACGGGCCCAAUUUCCUCACAACCUGGGCUGGCCUUGUCGAGUCGGAGGACCCUGUGCCGAACCCAAGUGGUCGAGUUGGUGAGCUCACACCCGCGGACUCGGACGGCACGCGGGAAGACUUCGGGUCCCUCGCUGCUCGCGCAUCUCAAUUCGCCUACAGCAGCGGCGGUGGCUGCACUCCAGGCACGCCGUCCGCAGUGCUAGCGUGCGACUUGCGUGGCCGUGCUGAUUACAGCGCACCCGCGCAACAUGAUGCGGCGCUAGCGAUGCAGCCCAGUGCCCAGGCGGCGCUGCCGCACCCCAUAACAACGGCUCCCGCUCAGCAGGCACCGCUGCCUGCUACAUUGGCACAGCCGGGAGCUAGCGCAGCUAUGGCCAUCCUCCCGCGCCCAAAGCGGCUCAACCGAUUGUACCUGGGCCCGGCAGCAGCGCAGGCGCACCGUGCCACGGCUUGCUCCGAACCGCCCAUCCCGGCCGGUCCCAUGUGGCGCACGCGUGCCGCUGUUAGCAGCGGACGCGCCAGCAUAGACGCCGUUAGCUUCCCGGGAGCGGCAGCGGGCCUCGGCCCACACGCCGCCAUGGCCGUGCAGCGCAUCGCACCUGGGGCACUGCUCCUCGCAGCGAGCGCCAGCGGCAGCGGCGGGUUGCCGGCCGCUCACCACCAUCACCACCACACCACCACACACAGCGGCAGCGAAUCCGUACGCGGCUGCUGUGGCAUCGCCGGCCAGGCGGCGUUCGGCAGCCACGCCGGUGCCGGUGAGUCCGCCACCGAGGGCGUCAGCAGCAGCCACGCCGCCCCUGUCGCUGCUGCCGCCCAUCAGCGUGUGCCAGAACCCAAGUUUGCUGUGGCCGCCUUCACUCCCGCUCAAGCGCCAGGCUGUGGUGGCACCGGCGGCCCGGCGACGCCAUUCAUUAUGAGCAGCGGCGGCCUGGGUUUGGUCGCGCGCAGCCCUAUGGACGGCGGCCCCGGCAGCGGCGGCGGCGGCGGCAAGUCGCCUUGCGGAAGCCGGUCACCGCGUGCCGCAUCCGGCCCGCGCCAGCGCGCGUCACGGCAGGCCAUUGGGUGCGAGGAUGGCUUCAUUGGCGACUCCGUGAUCGGUGACGACGGCUGCAGCGACGCGGGCUGCGGCGAGUUGGAUGGUGCCACGCACAUCGCUAAGCGCGCCGCCUCGCACACCUCCGCCCACGGCUACCACAUAGCCUUUGCGCCCGGCACGGCCGCGGCCUCCGCCGUGUCUGACGCCGCAACCCGCUCUCGCCCCGUCUCCGGCUACGGCUCUGCCAUGACGUCCAAUGCCUUCGACACUGUGGCAGCGCAGGCUCCGGAUGCUGCCGCCGCCGCCGCCGCCGCCGCCGCCCGCGUCGGAUCCAGCCGUGCGGCUCCAGCCGCGCCGUCCACGUGUCGACUGUCCAUGAAGCUGCACAGUGGUCACGUGGAGCAGAUACAGCCGGGGGCAGUGGCGGCGCUGGCGCGGCUGCUGCUGCCCUCGGGCUGGGCACUAACAAACCUGGCUGUGCGCCGCGGCUGCAUCGAACUGGUGUUGGAGUACACGCGCGUGCCGGCGGCCGAUGAGUCGAGCGGCCGUGGCGAUGCAGGGGAUGCAGGGGAUGCAGGGGGUGCGGGUACUGCUGCUGGUGGCAGCGGUACCGCUGGUGAGGCGACAGGUGCAGCAGCAGGUGGUGGAGGCGGCAGCGGCGCGGCGGAGGAGCGCCCAGGCACGCCGCGUGUGGGCACGCAGACGCUGGCGGCGGCCGCACUGGCGGCGGCUCUGGGCGUGCCGUUGCAGCCGCAGACGCAGCCGCAGCCGCAGCAGGAAGGCGACCUGCCGGCGCACCAACUGGAAGCGCUGUUUGCGUGCCUGCAGCAGCAGGGGCUGGUCGACCCGACCCUGGAGCCUGCGGUCACCGUGCAGGUCAACCACCAGCUGCAGUGUGUGCGCUGGCAGCCCGGGCCCGGCGCCGCCACCGCUGCCGGCCCGACCUCCACCGAGGACAGUGACAGCCUGCACCCGCAGUCGCCUUUCGCCCUGGCAGCCACCGAGACCGACCCACAUGGUGCCGCGGCACACCCUGCUGCCGGCGGCGAGUGGCGCUGCGACGACGUGCCGGUCUACUGCGGCGCCCCCUCCAUAGCCCUCGUGGUGGAGCCCUGCUGCAUCGCGCUGCCGUGCACCACGGCUCCUGCUACAGCCGCCUCAGCUUCCGCUGCUGCUGCCGCCACAGGCGGCAGUGGGAAUGGCUCUGAUGCUGUAGCACGGGCCCGCUUCUCCAGUGCACACACUGGCGGCGGGGGCCGCGGCUAUGGGGAGGCUGAAGGCGAGGUCGAAGCCGUGUUACUGUACGUGGGCAUUCCCCGCUCGGGCACGCACUGCUGCACCGUGCGCAGCCAGGGCGGCUUCCUGCCCGCCACGGAGGUGUGUCGCCUCCCGGCGCUUGACUUGCUGCCGGCGGCCAGUACCGGCAGCGGUGCUCGUGCCCGUGGCGCACGGGUGAACCUGCCUCAAAUGCUGACGCUGGCGUCAACCCCUGCGGCGGCCGUAGCGGCGCCGCCGGCGACGGCGCCGCCGCCAGUCCCAACGGUCGCCGCCACUGGGCUGCUGCUACGCCGCCUGGUCGUCGGUGUGGCGGCGACGCCGCAGGCCGCCCGAGUGGACCUGCGGUGCGCGGCGGCGGUGGCGGAGGCGGUGGGGUGCAGCGGGCAGGUGGUGGUGCUGUCGCUGCCGGCGGCGGCGCUGCCGCACAGCGGCGGCAGCGGCACCGGUGCUCUGCUGCAGGUGGAGUGUCGCGUGCCUUCCGAGGAAUGCACUUGGUCCAGUGCGCUUGAGGAGGACUUGGCCGGCAGCGGCAACAGCGGCUCGGCAGCGCCCCAGCCCACCACGUCAGGUGCAAGUGGCGCCGCUCCGGCGGCCGUGGCUGGUGAUGUCGCGCCGGUUGCGGACGGUUCAGGGCCCAGCGGCGGCAACAGCGGGAGCCUGCUGCCGAGGACCUCGGAUCCCUUCUCCGCCGCCGCGCCUGUGCUGCUGCUGCGCGCCGCGUGCUGCGGCGCCGCCGGCCGUGGUGCUGGUGGUCACUGCGCUGGCUGCCAACGCCGUGCCGCGGUCAACGCCGGCGCUCGGGCAACGGUGCCUUGGGCGAGCGCGUGGACUCCCGAUGAGGCGAUGGGCGUGACGCAAGAGAUACUGGAGCUUCGCAGGCGGUUUACGCUUGGUGUGGCUUCAGCACUGUCAUCCUCAAGCAGCAGUGGUGGCGUCGGCUUGGGCGGAGCUGGCCUGAGCCCUGCAGCCGCUGGCGCGGCCACGGUGGAGUUCCUGUCGGACCUGGGGCUGCUACUGGACGCGGCGGCAGCAGCGACGGCGGCGGCUGUUGACGCGGUGGCAGGGCCCGGCGGUGGUGGUGGCAGUGGCGGCUCAGUCACGGCGGUGCAUGAGUAUGAGUUCCCGUCGUUCGCGCAGCAGCUGCGCGGGGUGAUGCUGGAGCAUCUGGGAGGCGCGGCGGGCGCGGCGACGCCAACUGCCCUGCGCGAGCAUCUGGGCGACACCGUCGUGACGCUGCUGGCGGGCUGCGGCGAGCUGCGCCUGCCGCGCAUGACGCGGCUGGUGCUGGCGCUGGCGGCGGCUCUUGACCUGGUCGGCGAGGGCGACGGCGCCGCCGAUGACGGCGGCGUCGCGGAGCUGCUGGCGGCGGCAGCCGACGGCGAUGCUGGGUUGGCGGCGCGGCUGCGCGCGCUGCUGCAGCUGCGGGAGGCGCCGCCGCUGCCCGAGGUGCUGCAGCCGCGGCUGUCGUACGCUUCUCCGGCCGUGUCUUCUUCCUCCAGCUCUGCGCGCAUGCGCAUGUCGGGCGGUAUGCCGCACAGCGGCGGCGCCGUCAGCGCCACCGCGCUGGACCCUGCGGCGGCGGUUGCGGCGCUGGCAGGGCUGCCGCUGCCAGCGCGGCCGUCGUCGCGCGCGGCGCUCCGGUUCGACCAAGACAACUUUUACUCGCACCUCCACGCGCACCUGCAGCCUCUUCUUCAGUCGCAGCCGCAGCCACAGGCAUCAGUACUGCCGCAGCCGCAGGAGUUUCGCGGCUGGGGCGAGCUCGUCGCCCGCACCAGCACGUGUGGCGACUCCGGAACCGCGCCCGUUGGUGAAGCGCCAGCACUGCCCAGUGCGGAUGUGUACGCCCAGAUCAGCAGCCACCAACUGCUGCACCCGCCGCCGUACACCACCGCACUGCAGGCGGCCGAGCUUGUCGCUGCCCAUGGCACUGCGACGCCGGUGACCCCGGCGGUGCCGGAUGCGGGGUACAUACCAGCAUGCGGCUCCGACAGCGGCAACGCGUACGACCCCGCAGCGGUCAGCGGCCAGCCGCCAACCAUCGUUUACCAGCGAUUCCGGGACCCGUUUCUGGCAAGGUCGGCCUACGGCGGCGCCUUCUCGGCCUUCCGUGUGACGACCACGGAUCCGCAGCGUGAGCACGCGCGCGAGCGCGAGCGUGAGCCGCUGGAUAGUGACAGCAACGCCGUCGGCAACGGCGCCGGCGGCGGCGCCAGCGGCUCGGUUGAGGUCCUCAGCGGCGGUGCCGGCGUCAUGGUGGGUGGCGGGCCGCGGCCCGUGCCACAGCGGGUGACUGAGUCGCCAAGAGCGCCAGGCGCCGUUGGCGAGGUAGCGACUGCCACGCUCAUGCCGGCGCCUAGCCUGGUCAGCUGCUCGCUCAGCGCGGCCGCGAGCUUGGAGAUGGGUAAAGAGGGUGCGCAGCAGCAGCAGCAGCAGCAGCAGCAGCAGCAGCAGCAGCAGCAGCAGGGCCGGGAGGCGCAGGAGGCGGAGCAGGAGCAGGGCGCGCCGCAUUGCUGCCGGCUGGUCGCGGCAAUUGCGGCGGUGUGUGCGGGGCGCCGCACGCGCGCCGGGCUGAGCCUUAACGGCGCCGUGCCGUUGUCGGCGAGCGCGGCGCUGCCGUCGAUGCAAUCCACGGGGGCGCCGGAGCAACCCGGCACGCCCAUCCCAGACCCAACUCCACCGCGGCAGCGACAUCCGACCGACGAGCUGGCAGCUGCCGGCAGCUCCGUGCCCUCCUGCGACGUCUCCACCGCCAGCACCUCACGCCUGCUCGCCGCGGCUUCUUGCACGCUGUCGGCUUCAGCCGGCACCCACGCUGCCAGCGCAACCUUCAUCACCGGCACAGUUUCAGCUGUGGCUGCUAGCGAAGGCGCGCCGGCCGAAUUGCCGCCCGCUGCACUUUCCGCCCGCUGGGCCCCACACAUGCUUGCACGCGCGCUGCUGCUGGGCUUCCCCUGUGCCACCACGGAACUCCAGUUCUGGGACCAUGCCACAGCGACGUUCAUUCGGCCCGCAUUCGCCGCCUGCGCCACGCUCCUGGCUCUGACCACACUGCUUGCGGCGUUGCACGCCGUUGCUGGAGGCGGGCUGGCUGGCGUUGUUAUGGCUGUGUGCCAUGGUGGCCAGGCUGCGCUCAUGGCGGCAGCGGUGGCGAGAGGAUCCAGCGCGAAGCAGUUCCAGGUGGCUGUGGUGUUGGCGGCGCUGUUGCGGGCCGUGUGCGGCGUCGCGCGGGUCCGUUGGGUGGCAGCUUCUGGCGCUGCCGCGUUGUCGGUGACGUUGUUGCCGGGGUGGGGCUCGCCUUUGCUGUGGACGCUGGAGUGCCUGGCGCAGCCGGCUGCAGAGCAGCUACCACUGCGGCUACUAUUGCCGCUGAUGCUACUACUGGGCCCGUGGGCAGCAUCGCUGCUGGGAGCGACCGCCUGGCCGCACGCACUCAGGUGUGUCGCGGCCAAGUUCACUGUAUCCGUGGGCGUUCAGAUGCUGCUGCGGGCACGCCAUUUAGCCGCAACAGCGUAUCACCAGAAAGCUGAAUGAUCAACAUAUAUUUGCCAUCGGAUGAUCUUGGCGAGCAGCCAUGCCACUACAUUGCUAGGCUCGGCUGCAUGCGGACCGUGAUCUGACACUAUGAUUCACAGGCCGCCAGAGCCUCACGGCAGGUGGUGUCUAAAUGCUUGGAUUCUGAACUCAUGGUUUGCUAUGUAUGCCGUACUUUAUUCAUUGUGCCACCACCCUGCAUCGUGCCGAAACGCCGCAAGUGGUGUGGGUGCAUGGGCCACAACCCAUGCAUUUGCACUGGGCGUACAUGGUGUUUGGUUUCUGGAACCGUAUAAUCAAGCAAGACAAAUCGCUAGCGCACGUAUUUUUGGAAGUUGUAAAGGUGGCAGGGAAAAUUCGGGCGGAGCGAGAAGUGCCUUCGCACGUCCAUGGACAAUUGACUUUCGCGAACGGCGCUAGCAGGGCGUGGGGCUGAGGGCGUGGGGCUGAGGGUGCACGUGCCGAUUGGCGGCGAGUGACGUGACUAGUUUGUUAGCUGCGGGUUAGCACGGACUGUGCACCCCACCCAACCGGCCACGUCCGGAUUUGCGGGGAUGCCAAAGGCCCCCAACACAGAGGCGUGUGCUUAGUAGGCGCCCGCGUCAAGGUGGCUGGGUUGAUAACGACCCGGGAUCAGCCCUUUUCCUGCCAUAAGGCAGCCACCUCCUUGUUGGAAGAUGCCGCGACUGCAGGAGGUUUCGAAGGCAUGUGCUGGGUGAGCAAGGUUUACCGAGUCUGCAAAAAGCUUGGCUACGACUGGUGUACAGUGGGCCCGCAGGGCACAGACGCACUUUGUGAAUGGCUACUGCGCACGGGGCUGCCGAUUGGUAGUUUGCUGGGCAACUUCGCCAACAUGCUUAUGGGUGAAUGGAAGGUAGAGAGCAUAUGCGCUGACCCUCGGGCUUUCCCUGAAAUACUGCCGGUGGGCCGGGAGUUAAGAUGUGCCGCGAUACGCAGUGGAUGGGCGUCCCGCAGUUGGAUGCUGCAGUUAAGCAAGGCAUUUUACCGUACAUGAAGGAGUAUGUUACGCACAAGCACCUAAUUGCGCUGAUACGGUUCAGGCUAGGAUGUUGGGAUAUCGAGGUUAAUCGCCCCGUGGCGGGGGGCCGGUACCGUCCGCGCAAUGACAGGGUGUGCAGGCUGUGUCGAGGCGGUGUAGAAGAUGACAAGAAAAGGUGGCU